AUGGCGGACGAUGCUGAUUUCAACUCUUCCGACUUGGAAUUCGAGUCUGACAUUGACGAUGAUCCAUACCAGAGAUAUGAAAAUGCUGGAAGGAGGACGGUGGAAGAGAUCUUGGAGUACCAAGCAGCCGACCGUGUCGCUUCCAAGAAAGCUGCGAAGACUUUAUCAUUUGCCCGAGGAGCCCCAGGUACAGCAUCACACAGGAUGUCUGUGAAGAAUGCUUUCCUCGCCUUUUUCAAGACCAUCAAACAUGAUCCAGCCCAGUGUCCAUCCGGUGAGAAUAUCUUCCGUUUUAUCGCCACGAUUGCUGCGAGAACUCGGAGCCGUUACCCUGACAGGCAAGCUCCUGGCCUCAGAACGAUCCAGAAGUUUUGGUACGAAGCUGUACGUUGGCUCAACUUCGAAUAUCCCAAUGUGAAAGACAACUAUGGCCCGCGUGAAUUCGAACGAAUCAAAACAUAUUUAGAGCAGCAAGUCAAGGCGGGAAAGCUGUCCAAAGGAUACUGGAGAGAGAAACAGUGGGCAGGCUUCAUGAUCUUCCAAAAGCUCGUGAGUGACUACAUGAGAUCGGCGUUGCUGAAUGGCUGCAAUACAUGGGACAUCGUCAUCCUAAGACUUCUGGGUGUGGCCCUGCAAGUGGCCUGCAGCUCCAGGCCGGGAGAUGUCGCAAGAACUCAUGGUUAUGACGGUCUAGAGUGUCUCACCUGGGAAAAUGUGGAGUUGACGGCGGACGAGAACGCAACUAGCGUCCAACAACUACGAGCCAAGUUAACCCUGAGAUUUGCGAAAGGGCAGAAAGAUGCUCUGAACGACGAUGAAAUUCGGUUCUUCGACGCCUUGGAAAAUCCAGCCCAAAGUGCAGCCUGUACCAUCAAAUUACUGUUGGUACACGGCCUACGUCAAGGAAUCUGUCAUGGCAGGACCGUCCAAGAGGUGUUAGACCAUACACUGCGUACCAAGGACCGCCGAGUUCGGUGGAAGCAUCCCAAGAGACCGAUACUUUGUCGAAUUGGGCACAACAAGUUUCUUGAGCUCGACAAGCCGGCAGGCGUUGCUCAGAUACAGCAUUCACUCAAAUAUAUGUCUCUUAUUUCGGGAUUCCUCAAACCCAUGAUUCCGACUGAUUUACGACGCGGCUCAGCUAGAGACACCGCACACCUGGAGAAACCUCUGAGAGGCGCAGCGAAACAGUCGACCAGUCGUUCCCUCGGCCAUUCACGAAAGAGUGCUGCUCAUGGCAUAACUGACAGGUAUGCCGGCCCACUCCAGGAAAAGGUCUUCAAUUUGAGAGCAGAGAACCCUUUCAAAGAUCGUCUCGCUCCCUCCGCCGACGAGAGAGAUCCAGAUGAGCAGCUACGCCCGAUCAGAAAGGAACACAUUCCCAAGCGUAAGGUGGAUGCCUUACUCCAGCAGAAGGGAAUAACCGACUCGGUCGAUAAGAGAGUGCGUGAACAAGUCACUCAGGAAAUUCGCGAUCGUGAGAGAACCAAACGUCCGCUAUCGACAAUGACGCCGACUCCAAUCAGGCCUCGGAGUAAGAAACAGAAGCCGGACAACGGGCUCGACGGCACCACAUUGGACAACACUGACCUGGUUUCCGGGGCAUCGAGAGCACGUCCCAACUCCUUCGUGGAGCAGUUUCUUGUCCGCACGCCGCUGGCGGAACAGACGGCAUCGGAAAUAAAUGCUCGACCAGCCUUGAAACCUGUGCAGAAGGAGGAGCUUAUUCUCGACCCAGCUCUGUUUAUCGACGCACCAGCUGAUGUGUCCAAUAUGCCUGCAUUUAGUGAAGACACUGAUCGUGUCAACAAUACCCCAGACGAGCCUGUGGAUGAUCGGGUGGGGUUCAGUGUAGAUGAGCGUUCGCUAGAAGUCCUGCAGCAUACUAUCUUUUCUCAGAAUGCCAAUGCUGCGCCGAGCAAUGAAAUCGACCGUGUCAAUCGCAACCAGCAAUCGGAGAUCAUCGAUGCCAUGAGCAUGGACGCAUUGGGAUAUCUUGCAUUUGAAGACACAUCUCAGCCAUGGACGUUGUCUGGCGAUGAUUUCGUUCAUUACUUUGCUACCAUCAAUAUCUACCGGAACACCGGCAAAUUCGAUCACUCAAACCCCGAGGAAGUUGCUCAACACGUCCCAACAGGUAAUAGUCGAAAUAAGCCCGUUGCAUUUCUAUUUCACUGCAACAAAAGUUGCGGGUAUUCCACCUUUCGACCGGAAAAUAUCCGACUACAUGAAGUGAGAUGCGAGGGACCGCAGAGUGAGUCCGACUCGGGUGAAGGAGAACAUCGUUGCCUGGAACCAGAUUGCGGUAAAGUUUUCAAAACUCCAGGCUCUCUGAGAGCUCACCGAUGGCAAAAACAUCGCUGGGAGCCUUCCAAGUGCCAGGCUGGAUGCGACCCUGAUAUAUCACCGAUAUAUCAAACCUUCAACGAGUACAAAAAACAUCUGCUCGAAGUUCAUGAUGACUUACCCGAAUCGCAGCGAUGUCCACUGGUGGAAGAAUGCCAGGUAGAAAUGACAUUCACCCGAAGAAAUCAGUUGAAAUUCCACCUGCAGUAUCAUCACAGGCUGAAGAAUGAUGAGGUAGCGACAUACGUUACUCCGAGACAGAGGGGUAUCCAUCACAAGAAAACUAGGAACACAGCUCCUCGCGAGACUACUCAAUGCCCGAUAGAUGAUUGUGAAAGCGAGAAGACGUUCGACAAGCCAUCGAGAUUACGCGACCAUCUCCAGAAAGCGCACCAGAUGUCUGCACUUGAUGCAACUCGGCUGGCCGAAGAUAUACUCCACCGAGCGAUAAAAAACUACAAGACGACAGAAGCGAAAAAGUGCCCGAUAUCUAGGUGCAAGGCCAACGCGUCGUUUUCUCAAGGCGCUAGGCUGCGCGACCACUUCACUACAGUUCAUGCUAUGGGCUAUGAUGCCGCAGUCAGCCUGGCCGAGCAAACACUUGGGGUCAAAAUCAAGGGAAAAGGAGGAAGAAGAAAGGAGGCCCACAAGUGUUCGGUCCCUGACUGCAAGACCUUAUUUGCGGUCCCGUCCGCGAUGCGCAGGCACCUCACGUCAGUGCAUAGCAUGCCGGAGGAUGACGCACGUCGUCAGGUCGAAGAAUUAUUCGGAAGCUGA